GAGGUAGAGUGGCCGUACGGUAUAGGUUGUUUCGAGGGCAGCGAUCCUUUCCCUUCCGACGAAGAGUUUGAGGAGCUCAAGCCCAACGUGCCAUACGAGCAGAUGUUUUGGCUUGAGAAGUUUGACAAGGAGACUUCAAAUGGAGGAGAGCUAGAAGAGCUGGAAAGCGGUCAAUCAUAUACUGGAAAGGCUAGCAAGACAUUGCUCGGGGCCUUUUCAAAGUGGAGGCGGGGAACAAAGGAGGAGUUGUUGGCUGGUGAGGAGAAAGACAAGGAAGCAAGAUGGAGAGGAGUUAGUGAUCAGAUGCUUCUGGACAUCUCUGAUCCAUUCAAGUUCAAAGUGAUCUACACUGCAGAGGUCCCUCACGAUGCGAUUACUAGAUGA